GUGCCGGACACCGUCACUUUCGAGUUCUGGCUGCAGCUCGUGCCUCCGCUCGUGCCCGGCGCCACGGUCCUCAGCGUCGGCGGCCUCCCGGGCGAGGGCGGCGCGCCCGGCCGCGAGGUGGCGCGCCUGCGGCUGGACCCGCAGAGCGGCCACGGGCUCCUCGACGUCUGCCGCGGCGACGGCGGCGCGGCAACCUUCACGGUGCCAGGGCUCGCCGCCCUCGGCCCUCAGCACCUCGCCGUCUCCUUCGCCCUGGGGGUGGACGAGUCGGGCGGCGCGGCCUACCAGGUGCUCGUCCACGUCGGCUGCGCGCUGGUGCUCAGCGGCACCGUGCAGGGCCCGUGCGCGACUCUGAACUCGUCGCGGGUGCGGCGCCCGACGAUCGGCCAGCUGUACGUGGCGGAUGACCCUGGCGCGGCCGGCGGCGCCGAGCCCCGGAGCGGAGCCUUCGCGGCAAUGUACCUCGCGGAGGUGCGGGUCUGGAGCCUGGUGCGGCCCGCCGAGGCGCUGUGCGAGGCCAUGACCUCGCGGCUCUCGGGCUCCGAGGCGGGGCUGGUGGCCUACGCGCCGGUGACGGCGGCGGACGCCGCGGGCCUCGCGGCCGCUCCCGCCGCGGGCGUCCUGGCCCUGCGCAGCGCGCGCGACGCUGGGUUGCCCGCCGCGGCCGUGCCGCCCUUGCCGGAGGAGGAGCAGAUCCGCGUGCUCUGCGCCGCGGACACGCUGGACUGCCCGAACACCGCCCGCGGCAUCGGGUUCGCCGUGCAGCUCUCGCCCUUCGACCUGCCCCCUGAGGAUGAGACCUUCCUGUCCGGGGCGGCCGACCUCUACAUCGACCUGGUCGGCGGAGAUCCCGACAACCGGGAG